AUGCAGCACGUCCUUCAAGCUGGUCUAUCCUCUGGGAUGUCAGCCGUCACUGGUAUCCACAGCGGCAAGCACACCAAGCCUAACCCAGUCGACCCUUCCUUUGAUGGUCUCGCAGCUGUCAUGCCAGUAGACUGGAUCCCAACCGCCGACAAAAAGGUCACAUACAAGGGCAAGAACGGAGAUGUCCACGCUCCGCAACUGUGCAUCGGUGCCUGGCCUUGGGGCGACACUUCUACCUGGCACUGGAAGCCCGAGGAAGAGCCCCAUGUCGCCGCAGCAUGGAAGCACUGCGUUAGCAAAGGGGUCAACUUCAUCGACACCGCCCAAGUCUACGGCACAGGCAUGAGCGAGACAAUCUGCGGAAGACUAGUCAAGGACAUGCCAAGAGACAGUUUCGUCAUGCAAGACAAGUACUUUGUCGUACCCCAAGCAAAAGACGUCCUCCACCCCACCAUGGCCCCCCUCAAGAAGCUCGAAACCUCACUCAAGAACUUCGGCCUCGAUUACAUCGACAUAUACCUCGUGCAUGGCCCCAUUCACCUUCAAACCAUCCCCAUGAUCGCCAAAGGCAUGGCCGAGUGCGUGGAAAAGGGCAUGACCAAGACCGUUGGAGUGGCAAACUACAGUCUCGCAGACAUGAUAAAGAUGCAAGACGAACUAGCCAAAUACGGCGUUCCCCUCGCCAUCAACCAAGUCGAGUUCUCCGUCCUCCGCCGCGAACCAGAACUUUCUAGUCUCCUCCACCCUGUUUCGGCUAAGAGCUAG